GGGAGAAAAGUGGAAGGAAAAGGAGUGGAACAACUGUCAGCUUGUGAAGUUUUAAACGACUAUUAAAGAAAUGUCUGCACCUGUCUCAGGCAGGAAGACCCCGGUGGACCACGGGGUUCAGAUCCGCUUCAUAAAUGACCUCCACGACACAGGAGGUGGUGGUGGCGGAGCGCGUCGCGACGGCUCGGGAAAAUCUGCAUCGCGGUAUGGCGUGGCCGUCAGGGUGCAAGGCAUCGCAGGACAGCCAUACGUAGUGCUGAAAGAUGGAGAGAAGGGGGACUCGUAUGGAGUGCAGCUUCGAACCCCAUCGUACAACAGCUUACACAGAAAAACAGAAGACGAAUCAGUGUCUGGUCAGUAUCUCUCAGCCUCAGAUGGCAACGCUCUGCGACGGGCUCAGUCUCACGGCUCUCUUCUGGACAGAGACAGCGGCGCUGGCACUGACUUCAGACGCCCCAACGGAGAUGGCCGAUCCGGGAGCUACGGAAACCUGGACGGAAUUGGUGUGGGGAUGGAGAGGAACAGUUGGGGUGGCUCAUACCAGGCAGGACUGAACGGGGCUCCGCAGAGAGAAACUCUGAACACAGCAAACAGCUACUACGCCCCGUCCGAACCCUCUUCAGAUGCUCGUUUAUCUCCUAAUGACAGACGGGCCAAGAUUGCAGGCGGCUCUUCAGCUGGACAGGAUGGGGGUGUCGGGAGCUCCUACAGGGGACGUGCUCCCGGUCUUGAUGCAGGAAACAAACCUAAUUCUGCAACGUCUGUUCUUUCUUCUGCUCAGUUUGCUCCGAAUGCGUACACCUCCCCUCAAUCAUCAAUAACUGCUUCGACUUACAGUAGCUCGGGUCGGACCUCUGUAACCAUGACCACCGUUUCAUCGAAGUCCUCUUCUGCUUCAACCAACAACUGGUCUUCAGUCGAUACACGUGUACCUCCUGAUCUUCUGAUGGAUCAGAGUCAGAGCUCAGGGGCAGAGGUUACCAGUGAGGAGGGUCAGAUCCAGCAGAUAAUCUACGGAGUGCUACGGCAGGGGAGCAAUGAGAAUGAUGCCACAGUUAAGCGCAGAGCCCGAAUCAUCUGCGAUAGGAUCCAGGGGUUAAAGUCGCAGAUGAACAGACCAGACUCUGCACUUAAAGCUGAGUUUGAACAAUGUCUGGACGAAAAUAUUUAUCUGAAAGAGGAGAUCAGCAGGAAGAAGAACAAAUUGGAUCAAACACAUUCUGAGCUGACUCAGCUGCGUAUGGACCGAGAGAAUGCAGAGUCUUGUGUUAGACAGUUGGAGGACCAGCUAGCCGGGCUGCACGAUGAGCUGAGGAAAGAGUCAACCAGCAGAGCAAGAAACGACACAAUCCAAGCGGACUUGCUGACCCUGCAAAAUGAGCUGGCUCAAGGUGUCGCACUGUAUCAGAGGCAGGAGGAUGUUCUGAGACAGAAAGAGCGGGAGCUGACUGCUCUAAAAGGAGCUCUGAAGGAUGAGGUGGCCACCCAUGACAAAGAGGUCGAAACUCUCAGAGACCAGUACAACCAAGACAUGGAGAGACUGAGGUCUAGCAUGGCCCAGGUUUCACAGUCUCAGGCGGGUAUAGAGAUGGAACGGCAGCGGGUGAACACCACUGUGCGCUCACUACAGCAGCAGCUAGAGGAAAGCAAGGAGGAAGGAGGCCAUUGGAGAAAUCAGUUCCAGAACAUCAGAGAGGAGCACCGCGACACCAAACAAGAGCUUCUUCAGACUCGUCUAGAAAAGGAUGAGUUUGAAGAGGAGCUAAAGGAGCUACAGGAGAGACUGAGCACAAUGAAACAGCAGAUCCCUGAUGUCAAACCAACUCAAACUUUCACCCAGGAGCUGGAGCGCUGCCGUGCAGACCUGAAGAAGUCUCAAGCCGAGGUGGACAAACUAAAGGGGGAUCUUGACAGGAAGACGAUGGAGAUCAUUUCCCUAAAGAAGAGCAAUCAGGAAAUGGAUGCUGAGCAGAAAUAUGAGAUUGACAGGCUAAAGGACCAAUCACGGAAAGAUAAAGAGGAGCUGGUUAAAAUCCAUGAGAAAUCUAAGCAGCUUGCUGAUCCUUCAGUGGUGGAGUCUCUGCGUGGGGACUUGAGUACAGUACGUUCUGAGACAGAGCGUCUGCGCAGUCAGUUGUUCCUGAAUGAAGAGGAGCUGCUAAAAGAAAAAGCCAGAUUCAGCUCUUCCCAGACAGACAUGCACACUCUUACAAACGAGCAUGAGGUGCUGGAGGAGGCCAACACACGCCUCAAGGAAAAAAUUACACGUAUGGAGUCGCAGCUGCAGGAACAGGUAUCUCAGAACAUGGAUGCAGAGCAGGGGCUGCAGGAUGAGAAUCGGAGGCUGAGGUUACAGCUAGAGGAGAUCAAGCGCAGCAGCGGCAAACUUAGCCAGGAAAGAGACGAGCUGUCCCGAGCUCUGGAGGAGAGAGACAGAGAGAGGGACGCUCUCCGCAGAGAGAACACACAACUGGACGAUCAGAAGAGACAAAACGAGAGAACGCUGGACAAACUUAACAAAGAGAUUGAGAGGCUGUCCACUGAUUCAAGUCAAUCAAAGAAUAUUUUGCAAUCACAACUGGAAGAACAGAAAGACAAAUGGAAGAAGGAGCAGCAGGACUUGCAGAAAAACAAUAAGGAGACACUGGGGGAGCUGGAGAAAACCCAGAUCACAAUACGUUCUCUUCAUGAAGAGUUGUCUCGUCAGAAGAAAGAGCUGCUGUUGUGCUUUGAGGAUCGGGAUAAUGCUGUUUUGGAUAGAGAGAUGCUAAUCAACCGCAUUAAACAUCUGGAGGGAGAGGUGCAGACCCAGCGCACCACCUUCAACGAUCGCACCCGUGACAUCCGCAGCAUGGAGGAUAAAGUGAAGCACUUGGAACUGGAGCUGGAGGAGGAGAGGAACAGCUCUGAGCUGCUGUCGGACAGAAUCGCUAGGAGUAGAGACCAGAUGGAGCAAAUGCGUUCAGAGCUCAUGCAGGAAAAAGCAGCCAGACAGGACCUAGAGCUGGAUAAAAAUUCCCUGGAUAGGCAGAUAAAGGAUUAUAAGUCUCGUUUGGCUGACAUGGAGGGUCAGUCACGUGGCUCAGGUAAUGUCUCUCAACUUGAGAGCAGACUUCAAGACCUGGAUGACCGGCUGCGCAGUGAGGAAAGAGAUAAAAAUGCAGCACUGUCUGCUCAGCGUCGUCUGGAAAGGAAGCUUAAAGACAUGAACAUCACUCUCGAUGAAGAAAGACAGCAGCUCACUGAACAGAGAGACCAGCUGACUCUGCGAGUGAAGGCACUGAAGAGACAGGUGGAUGAGGGAGAAGAAGAGGUGGAGAGGUUGGAGGGGCUGCGGAGAAAAGCAAUACGAGACAUGGAAGAGCAAAUGGAACAGAAAGACGCCCUUCAGACUAGAGUUACAGCACUGGAAAAUGAACUCAAGAGGAAGAUCCAGCAGGCUCGACUUACCAUCAGCUCACCAGGUCUUAGCUCAGAUGAUGAAGACGAUGGAGGGCUGUACGACACGUCCACCAUCACCUCCAUCCUCACAGAGAGCAAUCUACAAACCAGCGCAUGUUAGAGAUGGAUAUAAAGUAAACACAGACACUGGGAUUAAAUGGGUGGAUAGGUAAUGAGCUUUACAAUUAAAACCCAGUUUUAGUGGGACUGGGGGGUGUUUAAAUUGUACCUGAUAAUUAAAGAUGAUUGUUUUACUUUUAUUGUAAAAAGGUAUAUUAACAUGUACAUCAUGAGGAUCAGGAAACUGAACAAAGCCUCAAAGUUAUUGAUCAAAUGUCACGUCUGCAAGAAGUAGCACUGUUUGCACUUAUUUUUUUAACUAUUACUGCCAACUGUCAAACCUUGAUGUGGAUAUGUUCCUACCCUAUCAGACAAAAACAUGCCGUUGAUCUUAAAUCGUGACUGUAGACUUAAUCCGCAGAAAUUUGAGACCAACGUUUUGCUUAUUUUCAACCAUGCAGUUUCAGUAAGCCUGUGCCUACUGUAACCUCAGAUUCUAAGUUGGUCUAGACUGACAGAAGUGGAACCUGAUCUGCUUUUGUAUACCAUCCACCUUAAGGUUUGGCAUUGUGUAUUCCAAGAUGCUUGUCAAGAUAUUCAAGUUACCGUAUCCUGGCUUGUUAGCUGGUAUUAGUUUGGCCAUUAUUCUCAGACAUUUCUGGCCACAGAACUGACAUUUACUAGAUGAUUUUAUAGUGUCACAAUAUUUUGUGUAAACUUUAGAGAAAUCCAUGUGUCUGAGGUGGCAUGUACUAGUUUGCAGCCAGUCUGGCUGUGGUGAGUGCCGCAGAAACAUUGCGAAAAGGAAUGGAAAAUGUCUAAAUCAGAAGUAAAAUGCAAAAAUAAAUAAAUUGUAAUAAAUAAUAUCUUGGUUUACGUCAAAACCACCCUGAGAAUGCCUGAUAUCAACCGAUCUCAGAAGCUAGGGUUGGGCUCGGUCAGUACCUGGAUGGGAGACCACCUAGACCUAUCCUGACCCUGAAUAGGAUAAACUGGUGGUAAAACAGACAAUAAAUGAAUAAAUAUAAUAGUAUCCUAUUCAUUCUUUUAUUGAAAAAUAAAUGCUUUUUAAAUAUAGACCGUCAGUAUACCGAGUGGUACGAAGAACGAAUGUGUAAUAGUGUUGAUAGAACGUUUGUAUUAGGGCUUUUGUUCUUGAUUAUAGCAUUAUGUUUUAGCACAGCACUUCAGGAUCAUGCCAAAACACACCUAUCAGAGGUAUUUUAUUAUUAAUGUACAGUUUGCAUCAUUUGUCUUAAAUUUAAAUGUAUUUUUGCUAUGUACUGCAAAUGAUGUAACAUUGUUGUAAAUACACUGGAAUCUCUGCUGUAACAAGUUAAGCUUAUAGUUCGUAGGUACGAAUAAAAUCAAGCGCUCAUAUACACCUGUAAGGCACACGUAUGUCACGACAGUCUUGGGAUUUCAAUGAUUUCUGCACCUGCUCUUUUCCGGUGUCCAAUUAAAUACCAUUAUUAAUAUAACACGCUAGCACACCAGAGCUGACAUUUAAAACUCGUCGCUUCGAAACUCAGCUCUUCCAUCUGGCUGGGCUGGUCGGCUAUAUGAACAACAUUGUUCAUACUGUUGUUCAUACAGGGGAGGUAAAUGCCAGAUAAAGACUGAUGCAAUUAUGACCUCUGCUGGCUGGUUGAUGGCGUCUGCACAGAGUCGAGGAAUAAUGCAAUCAGGGUGUGGCUCUCUGUGCACAAAGCUGAUCUGCAUAUGAACUCGCCUUGUGCAGGUGAAAAGAUGCAGUCGUCUACUGCACACGAGUCGGAGGGGGCGUGUGUCAGUUCGCUCUCCUCAAUUGGGGUGGGAGUUUAUUGUAUGUUUCAGUCGAAAAUAUACCUACAGAUUAAUAAACUGGUAUUGUAGAACAUUCUAAAAUAGAAGGCCAUGCAACAAAAUUCAAACCUAAGUUCCCUGUGCCCAUAUAAAUAGGGCUAGUUUGACCUUAUCUAUUCUAAGGUACAUGAAAAGGUGGUCUCUAUGCAGACUUUGAAAAAAGAAAACCCAGAUCUUCACCUUAUGCUGUAAAGAAAUGAAACCAGAUGGUCAGAAGAAAUCAGUGAAUAAGUAGCUGCUUGAAUGCAGGUGUCACUGUCUACAGUCAAGCAAGUUAUGCAUUCUCACAAGCUUUUAAAAAUGCUACCCAAGAGAGAUAGAUGCCUGUUCUUCAGAAUCAGCACCUAAAAGCCCAACCUAAGUUUGUUGUUGAUGAUAUGCAGAGGCACAGCAUUCUAAAUGCCUGGUGAAGCUAAACUGACGGUGGAGAAUGUGACAAGUGUUCCAGCAACUUCUAAUUCAUGUCAGAUUCAUUUUAUGUUUGUUUUGUCACCUUUUAUUGUUUAUGAUUCUUCAAUUGAGGACAUUUGACCAUCUGGAAUUAGUUUUUUCUCUCAGCAUAAUGUGAUAAUUUGGGUUUUCUUUGUAACCUUGGCAGGAGACUACUGUUCCAACCUUUGUAUUGAAUUUUUCAGCUUUUAAUCGUUCAGUUUUAUUAAAUCAUUAAUAUUUUAAUACAUUAUUGUUGCAGAAAUCAUUCAAAUAUUAAGACUAAAAUGAGUGCUUUUGACUUCAGCUGUAUGAAGUAAUUGUCAUAUCUGUUUAAGGUGAUCUAGUCAGCGUUCAGUAGAAGAAAUGAUCAUGGAAUGAAGCUGCAGUGUCGUUUGUCUCAGAGUUUGGGGUUUUUAUACUGCUUUUAUGCAGCACCGUGUCUAUGCAUUCCAGACAGCUUUUCCUCAUAACACUGAAUCUAAAAGGUUCUAUAAUUUUACCAAAUGCCUUACUGGACAUUUAGUGACUUGUUUUAUACCACGUGAAGCUAAUAUAUGUAAUUGAAUAAUUUUACAUGUAUUUUUGUAGAACAGUAGUUUCUGAUCAUUGAUAGAAUGAAAGAAAAUAUUUUAGGUAGGACAAAAGGACGUUUGAUCUCAUGUACAGUCUGCUCACAGAAUCACAGAUAGUACAGUCUAAUGUUUUAUUAAAUCUAUAAAGAUGUAUUUUCACAUGAUAUAUUUGUUUUAUACUAAAAAUAAUACAAAUAAAGGUACUUUUAUUUAA